AUGGCUAUUGAAGUUGAGCACUACAUUCAGCCACCGGCUACCGAAGAGCCUCUGGACUAUGCUGACCUUCCAAUAAUUGACCUAUCCAAGGCACCGCGUCCAGAUGAAAACCAACGAAUCUUUGACAUUGCUGACAUCCCAUUCUCUGUCGUCAACGAUGAAGAAAAGCGGCAUUAUGAGGCGGAAAUGAUGCAGACAGGCUCCUACCAGGGAUAUAAACUCCGACAGUACUGGCACAUUGACAACGGUGUGAAAGAUCAAAUUGAGCAUUACAAUUUCCACCGAGAUGUUACCAUGCGACAGCAUCCCGAAUGCCUGCGUCCAUACCUUGGAGAGAUCGAAACAUUCAUGAAGCACAAUCACUUCAAUGUUCUUCAUCCCAUUCUGCGACUCCUCGCACUGAGUUUUGGCCUGCCAGAAAAUGCCCUCGUGGAUAUUCACGGAUACUCAUCUGUUGGAGAAACAUUUUAUUUUGGUUCAAUCACCAUCCUGUACAGUCAGCCCGUGUCGGCGUUGCAAAUCCUUACACCCUCGGGGGAUUGGAAGUGGGUGAAACAUAUUGAGAACGCACUGGUCAUUAAUGCUGGAGAUGCGCUCGAAUUUCUAUCAGGAGAGGUUUUUCGCUCUACGAUCCAUCGGGUCGUUCAGCCACCUCAGGACCAGCAAGGGUGCCCACGUCUCGGAGUAUUUUAUUUCGCCAUGCCAGACGACAACGUGAAGCUCCUCCCUUUGGUUGACAACAAAGUCCUGAGUCGGCGAUUUGUGGAUGCGGACGCCCCGACCAUGGGAGAGUGGCGAAAAGGGAGGAUCGCUGCGUAUGGAAAGACCCAGUUGAGAAAGGCUGAAGGAGAAGAGAGGGUCGAGGAAGAAGUCGUCGCUGGAGUUGUGACGAAGCAUUACAACUAA